UAGUUAUCAUGGAUCCAAGGUAAGGAAUAAUUUUAAAGUGGGUCAUUCAUACCGUAUGACUAGAGCUCUUCAUUUCCCUGUUUUUCAACAUUUAUCACUACCUUUACCUUGUUUCCUUUUCACUCUUUUAGCUCCAACAACAAACAAAACCUAUCUUUCUCCUUUCGUUCACCAAAAUGGCACUCAGCAAUAAUGUUAUCGGAGCGAUCAACUUCGCUGCAAUGCUUCUCUCAAUACCGAUCAUCGGUGCUGGGAUCUGGCUGGCAAUGGAGCCAGACAACUCCUGUGUAAGGAUUCUACAAUGGCCGGUCAUUAUUUUGGGAAUAUUGGUUUUAGUUGUAGCUUUAGCAGGUUUUAUUGGAGGGUUUUGGAGAAUCCCAUGGCUACUCAUAUUUUAUCUCAUUGCUAUGCUCAUCCUUAUAAUAUUAGUUGCCAGCUUAGUAGUGUUCAUCUAUAUGGUGACCGUCAGAGGUUCAGGUGAGGUUGAACCGAGCAGAGCCUACUUGGAGUACAAGCUUGAUGAUUUUUCAGGAUGGCUUCGUCGCAGGGUUCAAAGUCCAUAUAAAUGGGAUCCAAUUAGAAGCUGCCUUAGCUCCACCAAUAUGUGUGCCGAGUUGAACCAGAGUUAUCGCAUGGCUCAAGAUUUCUUUAGUGCUCAUAUUACCCCAUUACAGUCAGGAUGUUGUAAGCCUCCAACUAAGUGUGGGUAUACAUUUGUGAACCCAACUUAUUGGAUAAGUCCAAUCGACAAUGCUGCGGACAUGGACUGUCUGAAUUGGAACAAUGACCAAAAUCAGCUGUGCUACAACUGCAAUUCCUGCAAGGCCGGAUUGUUAGCAAAUCUUAAAAAGGAGUGGAGAAAGGCGGAUAUCAUAUUGCUGAUUACUCUUGUUGCCUUGAUAUGCGUCUAUUUGAUUGGUUGCUGCGCCUUCAGGAAUGCUAAAACUGAAGACAUUUUUCGCAAAUACAAGCAAGGUUAUACUUAAUCCACAAACAAGAUUGCAGUCUGCUUUUAUGCUCAUAACAUGUUAGGAUUCUCCUGUUUUCAUUACUAGAACCCACUUUUUCUUCU